CUCCUGCCUUGCGCAAGCUCACAUCGAUGUAGAAUGCGGAUUUGGAAGCUAGCAAGAAUAGCUAGCCAUUGAGCUAAAAACAAGGUUCUUGUUGUGAGGCUUCAAACGGGUAAAAUGUCUAAAACACACGCAAUGCCCCCUUCGUCUUCGGCAGUGACGACCACCGGGGGACCCUCCUCGUCCUCCUCGUCCUCGCCCGCUGGGGGCUCGACUUCUCCCGCAACCGUGUUGAACGUGCAGCCCGAGAAACCUCCACAUUACACAUAUUUAAAGGAGUUCAGAACUGAGCAGUGCCCCCUGUUCGUACAGCAUAAAUGUACACAACACAGGCCGUUUUCCUGUUUCCACUGGCACUUCCUGAACCAGCGGCGCCGCAGACCCAUCCGAAGGCGGGACGGGACCUUCAACUACAGCCCAGAUGUGUACUGUACCAAAUAUGACGAAGGAACGGGCACCUGCCCUGAUGGAGACGAAUGCCCAUUUCUACAUCGGACUGCAGGGGACACGGAGCGAAGGUACCACCUCCGCUACUACAAGACAGGAUCGUGUAUUCAUGAAACAGACGGAAAAGGCCACUGUAGCAAAAACGGAUCCCACUGUGCCUUUGCCCACGGAUCACAUGACCUGCGCACUCCUGUCUAUGACAUCAGGGAAGUGCAGGUAAUGGAGACUCAGGGAGGCUCGGGGCCCACAGAGGGAAGCGCAGGAGACGGACAGUCGGGACAGGCAGCAAGCACGGCCCUCAUAGAGAAGAUAUUGAGUGAGGAACCACGCUGGCAAGAUAACAACUAUGUGCUGUCCCACUACAAGACCGAGCUCUGUAAGAAACCCCCCCGCCUCUGCCGUCAAGGCUACGCCUGUCCGUACUACCAUAACAGCAAAGACCGCAGGCGCAGCCCGCACAAGCACAAAUACAGAGCGCUGCCAUGUCCAGCUGUGAAACAGAGUGAGGAGUGGGGGGACCCCAGUAAAUGUGAGGGAGCAGAGGGGUGCCAGUAUUGCCACACAAGAACGGAACAGCAGUUCCACCCAGAGAUCUAUAAAUCCACAAAGUGUAACGACAUGCAGCAGUGUGGCAGCUGUCCCAGAGGGCCCUUCUGUGCCUUUGCUCACGUCGAAAGGCCCUUUGUUCCCGAGGAGCCUCCAUUCCCCACACCAAGCUCCCCCCCGCCCCCCAGACCUCCGGACCCUCUUCCUGCCCAGGAAGCUCCCCCGAGCCCCAACCAACACAACAUGGGCCACGGGCCUGGUCGUGUUGCGGACCCGUUCUCGCAGUGCGUGGCGGAGCGCGGCCUGCUGGGUAGCGUUCUGUCUCUGUGCGAGGACAUGAGGGAGAGGGCGGAGCCCCCGUCUCCCUGGGCAGGAGAGGGCGGGUACGGCAGGGCACCGGGAUUUGAGAGGGAGGAUCAGGCAAAGCAAAGAUGUUUUGCCCUCGAGCAACGCAGCAGGGAAUUGGCAAUAGUACAAAGCAAACAGGACUUGUUAGUGUUUCUGCCCGUCGGAAGCCCUUUGAGUCUGUCCUCCAGCAUCCCCUCCAGUCUGGCAGCAACCCCACCGAGCCCCGCCCCUCUGGGAGCCCCAGGAUCCGGCAUGUCCUCUGGGAUGAAUGCCAACGCCUUGCCCUUCUACCCUACCAGUGAGACAGUGGAGUCAGUUGUUGAGUCCGCCCUGGACGAUCUGGACCUGAAUGACUUUGGUGUGUCGGUGUUGGAGAGGAACUUGGAAAGCAGCUCUGCUCUGCCCAGUGUGGGAGUUAUGCCGGGGGGAAGCCACUUUCAGAGUUCAGCCCCAGUCAAUAUCCCCGGCUCCUUUAGCAGCUCCGCUCCCUUCAGCUCCCCUUCGCCGUCUCCUCCAAUCAGGCCGCACUCUUCACUGUUUUUUUCAACACACCUCUCACAACCUGGCCAAUCAGAAAGCACCUUCUUGGGAGCCUCUCACAACCAUCUAGGUCUGAAUGGUAUGAGCACUAAUAUCUGGGAGCAUUUUCCAUCAGGCCAGGGCUCCCCUGGCACCCCUCCCACCCUCCUGCCCUCUGGCCCCGGUCCAGAGACCUCCAGGCUCAAGCAGGAGCUGGAGGAAACUCACGGGGCCCUGAAGCAGUGGGGUCAGAGCUGGAGACACACGGCUCAGGUAGUCGUGGGCCACGCUGAAAGCGGACGCCGAGGAGUCGCGAGCUCACGCCGCGCGGCUGACCAUGGAAGCAGAGCGAGCCAAGCAGUCCGAGGAGGAGGCGCAGAGGCAGGCGUCUGUCCUGCAGGAGGCGCUGGAGAGCCUACGGAGUGGAGACAACCCCCAUUUAGCGCUGCACCAACUCCAGCUGCUGCACCGGCUGCCCUUGGAGUCGGUCCUCAGCUUGCAGGCUCAGCUCUGCAGCUGCUUACACACUGUGGAACAGGUGGUGUACAGGAAACAGAGACAGUGCUGUGUGACGUGUGGCGAGCAGGGCUCGGUGUCCCUAACCUGUGGCCACGGACUUCAGUGUGAGAGCUGCUCUGCCUCCACUGAGUGCCCGCUGUGCCCCGAACAGACCCUGGAGCAGCAGCUCUCUUGACCCCCCCCCCCCCCACCCCGACUCCCACCGGGACCCCGCAGAUUCCAAACCAGUCGAUCCUGAUUCCACAGACACCAGCUUUGGAUCUCAACCGCCAUCCGAAAUCAUGUCGCGGCCCUUUUUCAGAAUCUGCUAACGACACAGGCGCUGACUCGGUUUUGUACUUUUAAGAUGACGUUUACUGAUAAAUGAGGUUUCUAAGUGAAAGUUGUUCAUGUGGAAUUUAGAAUUAAUAAUUUUUCUAGUGGUUACCUGAAUUGGUUACCACCAGAAUUUUGGUUACCACCAGAAUUUUUUUUUACUUAUGCUCUUGACCAGCAACACUGUUCAGAACCCCUAGAUUUUUGAAAAUCACUUUAUGACCUGCUGUUUUUUCUACUCUAACCCUACCUAUAAGCUUUUAAGACAUGGUUCUCAAUCAUAUUUUGAAAUGUUUUGAAGUAUACGCUCACCCUGAAGAUCGUUUCUGUAGUGUUAUAGAGCUUUUGGGCAUCUUCAUUGGGAUCUGUGGAGGUUUAGAGAUGUCUCCUUGUGCCAACACUACGCUUUUUUGCCUAUGUGUUCUAUACAAUUCAACAGUUAAGUCUCUUUCCAGAAAUCAUGACCUUUACUCGUGAUAAUUCACAGUCCUUAAUUAUCACUGUCCUCAUAAACCACAAUAAUCAUAAUCUAAAGUCGGGAACAAUCCACAUUUUUUUACUCAAGUAAGCUGUCUAUCACAAGUAGAAAAAAGCAAACUAGUGGUCUUCUUUACUGACUUCUAAUACUUAGUGGCCAGGUCGUACCAUUGUGGCACAUUCAGUGUUUGCAUCAGAACUGUUUUAUGAUUUCUGAAAAGAGGCAAGUUAAGUUGUUGUACAGCAAAGAUCUCCAAACUUGUAGGUGGAUGCAAGAUACGGCGGGUUAGCAGGGUUAUGAGCAGUCUUAACAGAAUCAAGAGGUCCAAGCAUCCUCCAGUAAAAGGGGUGCGGCUUAUUAUCAUUAUUUUUUGUUUAAUUAAAAACAAUUUCCAUAGUUUUUUCUAGCAAAAUAUAUCUAAAAGGGUCAAUUACUGUUGAAUAACAGAAUUUAUUUAAAAAUGUAUUAAUAUUUGUUUCAAUUUACAACAGAUGGCCUCUUUUAAACUCUCAGGUUGUCUCUAAUAUUCCUCUGCAUAAACUGGAAGAGGAACGCAUGUUAAC